AUGAACACCAGGAUGAUAGCCGUGAUGGCGGGCAUCUUCUCUAUCCUCAAUACCAUCCAGUUCUUCAUCUUUGAGCUGAAUCAGGUAACACACAUCGGCUUCCAAGACAAAUACAGCAUCUACCUGGACACAGAUUCUAAGGUCUCAUCCUGGGCCGUGGUCUACAGGCACGACAUCAGCACGGGCCUGUCCAUUAUCACCAUCAUCGUUAGCUGCUUCUUCCUCUUCUGCCUGGACAAGAACAUGUUCAUCGGGCUGAUCAUCUACACCCUGUGGAUCAUCGCUUAUGAGCUCUUCAGCUUCACCAUGGUCGUGCUCAUCCACGGCAGCAUCAAGGAUCAGUUCAAGGACCUCGGCUACCUGUACCUGCUGCUGCAAAUCUCCCGCAUGCUCCUGCACUUCACCCCUCUGCCCUUCAUCAUCAGGCACAGUUACAGGCUCUGCAAGGACCCCAAGACCGUGACCUUGGCCGGCCGCCGCAAAUGCUCCUCCAUCAGUACGAUGGACUCGUGGCCACCUUUGUACCGCAAAACAAACUGA